GAUUUUAGAAAGACUUGCCGAUGGAUUUUCAUAUGAGUGUACAUGCGAAUCGUUCGUCGAUUCAGGUUCAGGGAGUAAAAGUGCUGAUGAGCACUUUUCCUCUUGGGGAGCUCACCAGCUUACAUAUGUAAGCACAAUCUCUUGUUCAAGUCCCAUAAGUUUCCAAUCUCACCAGAGGACGACUGCAAUUGGUACUUUCUAUCAGGGAGCGGAUUAGAGUCAGUCUGAAUCUCAUACAACGAUCCAUUGCAUGCAGCUCAGAGAAGGAUUUAUGAUGGUGUUAUCAACACGACUCCCGCUCAUCGUUCAGUGCUUGCUUUCUCUCUUUGUGACAACUUCCCUGUCAGCUCCAAUCAUCAUCACCCGGGAAACCUUCAAGACUUGCCGACGGGGUGCAUUUAAUGGUGUCCCAGCUGAUUGUUGCCCACCGAAGUUCAUCCAAGGACCCAUAGUCGAUUUCAGCCCAAAGUAUAAUCCAUCAAAACCUCUGAGAGUCAGGAAGGCUUUGCAGUGUCUGACUGGAAAGGAGCUGACAAUUUACACCGAGAAGUUGCAGCGAGGAUACGCUCUGAUGCGUGCCCUCCCAGACGACGAUCCGCGCUCUUUCAAGAGACAGAACGAAAUUCACUGCGCUUACGGGACGGGCCCCUUCAUCCAAAACGCCUCCGCUAAUCUCACCCUUGAUAUCCACCUCAACUGGUUCUUCCUGCCCUGGCACCGCAUGUUCAUAUACUUCCACGAGAAGAUUCUGCAGACGCUGCUGAAGGACCCCAACUUCACCCUCCAUUUCUGGAAUUUCGACAGCAGUGUCACACUCUCGACGAGUGAGCGUCCUGGUUGCUUCAAGGCUGGGCAUUUCUUCCCGCCCAUGUACUUGGAUCCCUCGAAAUCCACGUUCGAGCCAAAUCGCACAUACAGGGCAUUCGAGCCGUCCAGGCCUGUAGACCUUUCGUUUGACGCCACACAGUGGAAUCCUUUGGGUGGCGUACCUCCAGUGUUUCCCAAUUACACUUUGGAGGAGCAGGUGUGGAGGAACGGAGCUACCAUGUAUAAAUCUGUAGUCUCCAGUUCUAAUGCUAGCAGCUUCAUAGGUAAGCCUUUCAGGGCAGGGGAUGUCCAAAUUGUGGACCCGACCAUCGCAGCUGGAAACUCGGAGAAGUGGCCGCACAUAAGUGUGCAUAUGUGGAUCGGAGGAUUGAUGUAUCUAGCGCAAACUUCUCCGAGAGACCCAAUCUUCUACCAUCUUCAUGCGAACGUGGAGCGCAUUUGGGAUUUAUGGCACAAGCUGGGCGACGGUCGUGCGGAUCCAUCUGAUCCAGAUUGGCUCGAUGCAGAGUUCCUCAUAUGGGAUGAGAAGAAAGUCAUGAGGAGGGUGAAAGUGAGAAACGUCCUUGACAUCAAGACCCUCGGGGACACCUUUGAGAACGUGAACGACGCCAGUUGGAUUUGCUUCCAAAACUCCACGAGCACGACCCCUUCGAAUUGCUCCUCGACCAAGACAUCGAUGUAUCAAUCCAGAUUACGAGAUUCGUGUCUGUUCAGAGGGACCGAAUGAAUCGAGAAACAACUUGACAUUUCGAACUGUCGGGACGAUCGAGUAAGCUGCUGCUGCUAUGUUGCACUUCGAGGAUACAAUUUUGCGCUCACAUAUUCUCAGAUUCUCAGAUUCAGACAUUGUGACAGAACCGAUCACCGAAGAUGCUAUGGCAUUUCAUUGGCUUCUUGUAGCCAGAUACAAGCGGGGCAGAGAGUUCAGAGAUUGUACGUUAUAAUCAGACUCUACUUCCAGCACAUAUUGCUUCUCCUUGUAGUAAGAUGACUGUAAGCUGAUUGGAGAUCGGCAAAAAUAUAUGUUCAUCUCUUGCUCUCGAAGGCUUCUUGUGACCACGAUCAAUUUUGGUGACGGACAAAGUGGAUGCGCAAAUUCCUCAUCUUCUCAAGUUCGGCCCGGACUUGAAAAGCUCGACGGAGAUUCGCACCUUCCCGACUUCUACUUUCGUAGGACAGUAUGGUGUGGUACAGACAUCGUAGUGUCUUCACAAUGUGUUCAGAUCUCUCCAUCAACGUUUUGGGACGUGUAUAUACUCAGUCCGAAAGUCAUACUUAUUACGUGCACGAGUUAUAAUUUGUUCGACAAUCAUGAGAGACAGUCUAAGUACAUGCCUCCAAGUAAGUAAAAGUAAAUUGAAAGGUUCAAUUGAUGAUGUUCUACUCAAUUCUUGUGUCAAUUAUGUAUGUAAUGCAAGUUAC